CAUGCUUAACUCAAUACAAACCAAAUCCACUAACCACUUCCCCCCCCACAUCCGCCGCCCUGAUCAAGAGACUUGAGGGGCUGAGUCUCAAAUUGACGAGAGGGAGCUGAGUUUUCCGGCGAAAAAUGACCAGUUCUGGUGGCGGCCCCACUAGGGGCCGUCUAUGGCCUCAAUUGGCCUUCGCAUUGGCUGUGGUUCUUGUUUCAAGCUGUGUAAGUUCAGUUUAUGGUGAUGCUUAUCCAUACUCUUCUCCUCCUCCUCCACCUUAUGAGUACAAGUCACCACCACCCCCAUCUCCUUCUCCACCACCUCCUUAUGAGUACAAAUCUCCACCACCACCAUCUCCUAAACCUCACUAUGAAUACAAGUCUCCUCCACCACCAUCUCCUUCUCCACCACCUCCUUAUGAGUAUAAAUCCCCACCACCACCAUCUCCUUCUCCACCACCUCCUUAUGAGUAUAAAUCUCCACCACCACCACCACCAUCUCCUAAACCUCACUAUGAGUACAAGUCUCCUCCACCACCAUCUCCUUCUCCACCACCUCCUUAUGAGUAUAAAUCCCCACCACCACCUCCUUAUGAGUAUAAAUCUCCACCACCACCACCACCAUCUCCUAAACCUCACUAUGAGUACAAGUCUCCUCCACCACCAUCUCCUUCUCCACCACCUCCUUAUGAGUAUAAGUCUCCACCUCCACCAUCUCCUAAACCUCACUAUGAGUACAAGUCUCCUCCACCACCAUCUCCAUCUCCACCACCUCCUUAUGAGUAUAAGUCUCCACCUCCCCCAUCUCCUAAACCUCACUAUGAGUAUAAGUCUCCUCCACCACCAUCUCCAUCUCCACCACCUCCUUAUGAGUACAAGUCUCCACCUCCACCAUCUCCUUCUCCACCACCACCUUAUGAGUACAAGUCUCCACCUCCGCCAUCUCCUAAGCCUCAUUAUGAGUACAAGUCUCCUCCACCACCCUCUCCAUCUCCACCACCUCCUUAUGAGUACAAAUCUCCACCACCACCCUCACCUUCUCCACCACCACCUUAUGAGUACAAAUCUCCACCACCACCAUCUCCUAAGCCUCAUUAUGAAUACAAGUCACCACCACCUCCAUCUCCAUCACCUCCUCCACCCUAUUAUUAUAAAUCUCCUCCACCUCCUUCACCAUCACCACCACCUCCCUACUAUUACAAAUCUCCUCCCCCACCAGUACAUUCUCCUCCUCCACCUUAUUAUUAUAAGUCACCACCACCACCUUCACCCUCACCACCACCACCAUACUAUUACAAAUCUCCACCACCUCCUUCACCUUCACCCCCACCACCUUAUUACUAUAAAUCUCCACCACCACCCUCACCAUCUCCUCCACCACCAUAUUAUUAUAAAUCUCCUCCACCACCUGAAAAAUCACCAGCUCCUGAACCAUAUUACUAUAAGUCCCCACCACCACCUUCACCAUCUCCUCCACCACCAUACUACUAUAAGUCUCCACCACCUCCUUCACCAUCUCCUCCACCACCAUACUACUAUAAGUCUCCACCACCUCCUUCACCAUCUCCUCCACCACCAUACUACUAUAAGUCUCCACCACCUCCUUCACCAUCUCCUCCACCACCAUACUACUAUAAGUCGCCACCUCCACCUUCACCAUCUCCUCCCCCUCCAUAUUACUACAAGUCCCCACCACCUCCGUCUCCAUCUCCCCCACCACCAUACUACUAUAAAUCUCCUCCACCUCCUGAAAAAUCACCAGCUCCAGAGCCAUAUUACUACAAGUCUCCACCACCACCUUCACCUUCUCCUCCUCCACCAUACUACUACAAGUCUCCACCACCUCCUUCACCAUCUCCUCCACCACCAUACUACUAUAAGUCACCACCUCCACCUUCACCAUCUCCUCCCCCUCCAUACUACUACAAGUCUCCACCACCACCAUCACCAUCUCCCCCACCACCAUACUACUAUAAAUCUCCUCCACCUCCUAAAAAAUCACCAGCACCAGUGCCAUACUACUACAAGUCCCCACCACCACCUUCACCAUCUCCUCCCCCUCCUUAUUACUAUAAGUCACCACCACCACCUAAGGCCUAUCCCCCUCCAUACUACUACUCUUCUCCACCACCACCACCUAAGGCCUAUCCUCCACCAUACUACUACACUUCUCCACCACCCCCAAAAUCACCAGCACCAACACCUUAUUAUUACCCUUCUCCACCACCACCUAAGGCUCAUCCUCCGCCUUACUACUAUACUUCUCCACCACCACCUGUUCCUUAUCCUCACCCGUCUCCACAUCCCCAUCAUUUCGUCGUAAAGGUGGUAGGAAAGGUCUAUUGCUACAGAUGCUAUGACUGGGAUUAUCCUGAAAAAUCACAUGACAAGAAGCAUCUCAAAGGUGCCGUAGUGGAGGUAACAUGCAAGACAGGUGAAAAGGAGAUCAAGGCUUAUGGUAAAACCAAGAUCAACGGUAAAUACAGUAUCACCGUUGAGGGCUUUGCGUAUGGCAAAUAUGGAGCCGAGGCUUGCAAGGCUAAGCUCCAUAAGGCACCCGAAGGCUCACCAUGCAACAUACCAACUAACCUCCACUGGGGCAAGAAGGGUGCCAAGCUCAAGGUGAAGUCCAAGACAAAGUAUGAAGUUGUCCUCUAUGCUAAGCCAUUUGCUUAUGCUCCUAAGACUCCUUAUGAAGAGUGUGAGAAGCCCAAGCCUAAGCCUACACCUGCUCCUUACUAUUACACUUCUCCACCACCACCACCAUAUUAUUACAAAUCACCACCACCACCAUCUCCAUCCCCACCACCUCCAUACUACUACAAGUCUCCCCCUCCACCAUCUCCAUCUCCUCCUCCACCUUACUACUAUAAGUCACCACCUCCCCCUUCUCCAUCACCACCACCCCCAUACUACUAUAAAUCUCCUCCUCCACCAUCACCAUCUCCUCCUCCACCCUACUACUACAAAUCUCCUCCACCCCCAUCUCCCUCACCACCUCCUCCAUAUUACUACAAAUCUCCUCCUCCACCAUCCCCAUCUCCUCCUCCACCCUAUUACUACAAGUCACCACCACCCCCUACAAAGUCACCUGCACCAGAACCAUAUUACUAUAAGUCUCCACCACCACCAUCACCAUCUCCACCACCUCCUUACUAUUAUAAAUCUCCACCACCACCAUCACCAUCACCUCCUCCUCCAUACUACUAUAAGUCCCCACCUCCACCAUCUCCAUCACCUCCACCUCCCUACUACUACAAAUCUCCUCCACCACCGUCUCCAUCUCCUCCUCCCCCAUACUACUACCACUCACCACCACCACCAGUGAAAUCUCCCCCUCCCCCAUACUACUACCACUCGCCACCACCUCCUGUGAAAUCACCUCCUCCUCCAUACUACUACCACUCACCACCACCUCCUGUGAAAUCACCUCCUCCUCCAUACUAUUACCACUCACCACCUCCUCCAAUAAAAUCACCUCCUCCUCCAUACUACUACCACUCACCACCACCACCCGUGAAAUCACCUCCUCCCCCAUACUACUACCACUCGCCUCCUCCUCCAGUGAAAUCACCACCUCCUCCAUAUUAUUACCACUCACCACCUCCUCCAGUAAAAUCACCUCCUCCUCCAUACUACUACCACUCACCACCACCACCUGUGAAAUCACCUCCUCCCCCAUACUACUACCACUCGCCUCCUCCUCCAGUGAAAUCACCACCUCCUCCAUACUACUAUCAUUCACCACCACCACCAGUGAAAUCACCUCCUCCUCCAUACUACUAUCAUUCACCACCACCACCAGUGAAAUCACCUCCUCCUCCAUACUACUACCACUCACCACCACCUCCUGUAAAAUCACCUCCUCCCCCAGUUUACAUUUACGCCUCACCACCACCACCACCACCAACUCACUACUAGGCUCAGAAAGCUCAGUCACACACCAAAGUCGAUCAUAUUUUAGUUUCAACAAUGUAAUAAAGGAAGGCUCCAAGAGGAAAAGAUGUGGACAUCAAGCUUCUAAUCCAAGUCCAUUGAAUAAGGAACUGAAUUUUGCAUCAAUGAGCUACAAUUUGAAUAAUCCAAGCCAGGAAUCUCCAAUUUCAAAGCUCACCAUUUUGCAUCUCAUGCUCAUGUUAUGUUCCAGUAAAAUUGGCUUUAAACAUUUACCUCAACAAAGAAAAACUAGCAAGUGAAGUUAAAGAUGAGGACUUGGAUUCGAAGUGGGUGUUUAUGUUUGGUUUUUAUUUAUUCAUCCCCAAUUUAUUAUUAUAUGUAUAGCGUACAUCUUUUAUCGUUUUGAUUGGGCUUUUCUCUAUUUAUUGUGAGCGAUUCUUUCUUGGACCUUCUUGUAAGUUAUGCAUUGAGAUUGUUAGCAAUAAAAUAAGAAAUUUUCUAUUACAAA